CCUCAUCCCCAUCACAAACAUUUUCCGCUAUCACCAUACUGUCUCUACCGUCUCCUCCACUCCACCCAUACCCAAUUCACACAACCAAAUGGCGCUUAAUCUAACCAACACAUUCCUCCAAAUCAAACCUUCAUCUCCUCCACUUGUACCCAUUAAAAAGGUGAAGGUCAGCGCGGUGGGGAAUUGUAGCAUGCAGGUGACGUGCCGGAAGAAAGAUAUUCACCCGGGAUUUUACGAGGAUGCUAAGGUGUACUGUAAUGGAGAAUUGGUGAUGACCACAGGUGGGACCCAGAAGGAGUACGUGGUUGAUGUCUGGUCCGGCAAUCAUCCGUUUUAUCUAGGUAACCGGUCCGGUGUGGUUGUUGAUGCUGACCAGGUCGAGAAGUUCCGCAAGAGGUUUGGUGAAUUGUCGCAGCUUAUGGAAAUUCCUGUUCUUAAAGGUGAAAUUGUUUUACCAAGUAGGAAAAAAUCUGCUGGCAAAGGUAAAAAGAAGUGAAAAUCAAAUAAAAAAACAGUAUUUGUGUCUGGCUUUGAUGUUCAUGUAACUUGAUUGUAGUGAAUUUGAUUGAAUUAAUAUUUUGGGAUGUUAAUUUGGCAAA